AGUAGCGAAAGAUGGCGGAAGGCAUGCCUCUUCUAAGCGGACCGCCGCCGGAUUCGAACGAAGGGGACUCGUCUCAUUGCAGGAAGUGUGGCAAGGAGUUCGGUCUAUUCACGAGGUCGAGGAAGUGUAAUCACUGUGGCUAUAUGUACUGUCAUUCGUGCUCGGACUACCAGGCCCUCAUGCCUCGAAGUGCAGGUGGCGCUAACACGGGAUAUGACACGAUGCCAGUCUGUGCAUACUGUAUAGAACUUCUACAGAUCACUGCAUCCGGGAAGUCUAAGCUUCGCUCGCUUCCAAUGGGCAAGUUAAAGAAGUAUAUUGAUGCUUAUAACCUGAAGGCGAAAGGCGCAGUCGAGAAGGACGACCUGAUCGAUGUCAUCGUGAAUGCCCGAGGUGCAAAUGGGUGUCUUCCUCCAGAGAGUGAACACUACUAUCGCAAGUACUCCGUCCCUAAUCCAAAGGCUUCAUCCUCAUCGGGGACGUCCGCCGCCAACGCCGCCCGUAACUUCUUCAACCGAACCUUCGGUGAUUCCUCCCAGUCUCAACCUCGACCAGCGCCAUCGUCACGAACCCAACCACAGCGCGCCCGCACGCAGUCCCACCCUGAGUUCCCCAGGCCAGACUUAGACCCGAAUUAUCAGAGACAGCAGCAGCAACGCGCACGGCCGCAGCAACAGCCACAACAACAACAACAACAACGGCGGUCUCAGCCACAGUACCACCCACAGUAUCCAUACGGUCAAUACGCAUACCCACAGCCGGGCCCGUACCCAUACGCAUACCCGCCACCGCCAAACCCUUAUGGCUAUGGAUACCCACCAUACCCGUACGGUCCACCGCCCCAGCCUGCACCUAACUACCCCUACGCUCAGACCCCUGCGACGGCCUCCCAGCCACACAUCCCUCGUACACAGUCCGCUCAGCCUCCACCGAGGCCUGCAUCUACCACUGCACCCGAACGGGAGCGGAUACCUAGUCUAGACGAAUUGCUAAAUAUGACCGAGGAUGAUAUCUCGAAGAUGAGCGUGCAUGUGUUGAAGGACGUGUUGUUCCACAACCAUGUGCCUGCGAGGCAGGUGCUGGAGAAGGCGGAGCUUGUCUCGAAGGUCAUGACACUAAUAGAAGACGAGAAGCGCGAACGUGAACGCAAGCGAGAAGAAGAGCGGCGCGAAGAAGAGGAAUACCAAGCGCGUCAGAGCGCCAUGAGGGAAGAGCUGAGAGCCAAGGAGCAGAGAGAGGGAGAAGAGAGGGAGAAACGCGAAAGGGAAAAACGCGAAAGGGAAGAGCGCGACCGCGAGGCGCGCCCCUCUCAGGAGACGCCAGCGGAGAGCGAACCCAAGAAGGACGAGGAUGCAGAAAUGAAGGAUGACUUUGAGAAGGCCAAAGAGCAACCGAAGCCGCUGCCGCCCAAGGCGCAGGCCAUGGCUGCUACGCUAGAACGAACCGGGCUAUGCGUGAUAUGUCAAGAUGAAGAAGCCAACAUUGCUAUUGUCGACUGCGGACAUUUGGCAAUGUGCAGGUCCUGUGCGGAUCAUGUUAUGUCUACUACGCGCGAAUGUCCGCUGUGCAGGACUAGAAUUGUGACGGAAGCCCGGCUCUUGAGAAUAUUUAAACCGUAGUCAAGUGGAAGCAUGAUCUCUUUUGGCCCUUCUUGGCGGAUGCAUAUCCGGGCUUCGACGUGGCUUUCUCCAUUUACGCGGGGUUUUGUGGUCGUCGGCGCAUGCAUGUAGGAGAUGUACGAGUAUAACAUAAGUGCUCGUCCCGACUUCGAGAGAUCUAGAGCCGCUUCAUAA